GCGGAAGUCAGCAACAAGUAAGGAUGGAACUCCUAACGCUGGCCUUCGCCAUCUCGGCCGCGAUGACGCUGCUCACGGUUCUCCUGAGUGGAUGGGAUGUGUGGACGCACUUGCUGUACAACCCUCAAGCCGGGAUUCGCAAGUACGUGAUUCGCAUGUUGCUCAUGGUGCCGCUUUACGCUGUCACGUCGUACCUGGCACUCACCAUUCCCGAGCAAAAACUGUACUUUGAGACCAUCCGCGACUUCUACGAAGGUUUCGCGCUCCAUUCCUUCUACUACUUCAUGAUCGACUUCCUCGGUGGCCAAGAGGUCCUGGCACAGAAGCUACGCAGCAAGAAGCACGAGGCAAAGCACAUGAUGGGGUUCCAGUACUGCAUGAGCACGUGGAAAAUGGGCCCCGCGUUCGUCCGCAACAACUCGAUUGGGAUCCUUCAGUAUAUUCCAUGCAAGAUCUUUAUCACAGUCAUGACGUUCGUCAGUUCCAUCUUUGGAUUCUAUGGUGAAGGCAUCUAUACGGACCCAACCAAGAUGUACCCGUGGUUGACACUGCUCCUCACCGUAUCCCAGACGUGGGCGCUGUACUGCCUCGUGCUGUUCUACCAUGGAUGCUCAGACGAACUGCGUCCGAUGCGGCCACUGCCCAAGUUUUUGGCCGUGAAAAUGAUCAUUUUCUUUACGUUCUGGCAAAGUCUUGUCAUCGGGUGGCUCGCCCGCUUUGGCGUGAUCAACGAGAACUGGCACAUUCGAUGCACAGACGUUCACUGCACCGACGAAUCGAACCCGACGACGUGCACGUACCAUGGAUGCUGGGAGUCGGAAGAGCUUUCGCCGGCGGUCAACGAUUUCACCAUUUGCCUCGAGAUGCUGGUUUUCUCGAUCGUGCACCACUACGCGUUCAAGAUUGACGAUUUCCUCCGUAUGGAGCGCGAAAAAAACACGGACGUGACAAACCAAGUGAAAGGGCCCCUCAUGAACAACUUUAUCGACGUGCUGGCGUUCACGGACAUCCAUCAAGAUAUCAAGUUUAGCGAGCAGGAACUGCUUACAGAAAAGCAGCGGCUCGCCCAAAAGUUUGACGACGAUGUGGCAACGAAGAAAAAAGAAGCGGCAGUUCGAAAGCGCCUGUUGGAGAAAGGGCCGAGCGCCACGACCACCGCGGGGUGGAGUUUUUUCAGUCGAUCAGGACAUGCCGCGUCAGGUCCUGCGGUACCUGCAUCCCCGGCAGUCGAGUUGAGCAGUCGCGGGGGCCUGCCGUCGUUGCAACCCCUCCAAGGAGGCGCUGGUAACGCGACCGCGGCAGGUGGACCAGCGCAGCGCCGCACUGCAAACAAUAAUCCUCCUGCACCGACCAAGGUGGAUCUGUCGCUGCAGUUUGACAACGCGAUGUAUCAACGACAGAACUCGGAUUGAAUGAUCUAAAUACGGAGUGGAGUCGUCGUCUGGACAAGUGUGAGGGGUAGCAAUCGACGGCAUCCGAUCCUCAUAAUCUCUCAGGCGUGCCGUUCCAUUACGGCUGUGGACGCACUUGAGACGAGUAUGCACCUGCCGACGGACUUGCGCUGCCUCUUCGGAAUCGCAUGACAACGGGCCGCGUCACAACCGUCAACGCCGUGAUGCAGUUGUCAAACUUGAGCCCGCGAAGGUCGAGGGAGCCCAAUUGAACGAGGACGUCCCCGACUUGGACGUGCUUCAGGUGGUCGCUUCCGUCAAGGGCAAGAGGAUCGAGACGCGACACGAGCGGCGCAUUUGUCACGGGGUGAGGGGCAAACAAGAGGCCGAGGCGAGUCAUAUCCGGCCACUCCAGUUCGUAGAAGGAAUGGUGGAGGCGAUCGGGGGAAGGGAGGGCGGCGGCGGGGGUCGUGGACGAAGAACCAUGGUGUUCUCGGCGGUUGCUGGUGGGAAAGACUGGGCGAGACGGGCGUAAAAAGCGCAAGACGGUUGGUUUCGGCAUUGUACUCAGCUGCGACAACGUAUCUUUGAACUUUUGCUGUGGAGGCAAUGGGAUUCCGUUCGCUCCUACGGACGAAAACGCAUGACGAACCCAACUCAAAAGUUUUGAGAGUACCCAAGAGAACAUCGCCGAGGGCCACUCGCUUUGCGUUUUCGUUGGUCCCAGAGACGCGAGCAACGACGGCGCGUCGCGACUCUGGAUGAGGCUUCAAUGUCACACCGAGCUCUUCGCCAGCCCGCCACGUGAUUUCGUACUCAAAUGGAAGAUUCUUCGUGGUGGUGGAAGUAGUGCCUUUGGAGCUAUCUUCAUGAGGCUGUGAAGGUACGUGAUGCUGGUCGUGGUGCCUAGAAUGGUGUAGGUGGCUUCGAUGCGGGGCAAGAUCUGUAUGCGAAUUGCCUUCGGACGAAGGUGGUGACUGUUGGGGGGGCAUGUGUCUCGAUGGAUGCCCCUCAGCAGACUGUGUACGAGCAGCGUGCUUUUGAGGAGACGGGAACGAUACCGGAGCGGGUUGUUCAACGUGAUACGACGUCUGGUGAUGGUGAUGUCGCGAGCUACUGCCAUUGGGUUGAACUUGAGAGGCUGCGACUGUCGACCGUGUUGCAGCUUGAGACGUUGCCAUGGACGACGACUGUGGUGGGGACGACGACGGCACGGAUUUAUCUUUUGACGACGACGGCCAGAAACUUCGCGCGGGGUGGGGUUUUUCUCCUGGCGGGUUCGACGGAGGCGGCUGCACAGGCGGUGCCACGCCCACCAGACUGCUCCUCACAUCGCCAGAAUGUCCACUGCGGUCUUUCUUUUUUCGCCUCGAGUUCGAGUCUGAAUCUGCCGCGUUGUCUGUGGGUUGAUUCUUUUUUGAAAACGGCAGUAACGAAUCUUUGAGGGCGGCAUGGAGUUUUGCCGAGAGCGGGAUCGGGGCCACGUGGGGUGUCGAUUGGUCGAUCUUCUUGACGUGAUCUUUCCGCUUUGGGGACGACGGGGGCAGCACCGAGUCUUUCGCAAGUGGUGGUGGGGGCGGCGGAGGCAGAGCAGCUCCCUGUCGAUUCAGGGACGUUUUUCGUUUGAUCGCAGCAUGUUCGCAUCGAAAGCGAAGAUGAAGCGGACGCUUGGCUUGCCGCAACGUUUUCAGUGCGUCGUAGAACGGCAUGUUUUCAACGCAUUCAUCGUUGACCCAAAUCAGCGCGUCACCCACCUUGAUGCCUCCACCGAACCCGCCAAGUGGGUUGCCCGUCGGGCUUGUGGGGUCGCCGCCACGCUGCUGCUUGACCUUGGCCGUCUUGGCCAAACCAACGUCUGCAACGACCGUGCCGUACGACAUCGGCUUCAAGGUAAAUCCGAGCGGUUGCUUCUUCUCCCAGUCUUGAUCAUACUCGUCGUGAUCGUCCAACUCGGGCCGGAUAGACUCUUGACGUAAAUCGGGCGCGAAGUACAACGUAGCGGGUUUGAUUACGUCGUGCAGUUGCUUGAUCGCGGCGUUAAAUGUGCCGCUCGCGGUGUCGUAGUUGCCGAUCGAAACGAGGUAAUGGCCAGGGACGAUGUCCUUCACCUGAGCAGAUCGAUUCUUGCCGGUAAUGCGAGUCACUUGGGGGUACGGAACUUCCUUGUUAGCAACCAAGCUCACACCGAGCGGUCCAUCUUCCCAGUGAACAGCAUACUUUUUGGAUAUAUCGACAGCAGGUACUUGGGAUUCCUUGGCGAGUUCUUCGGCCGCAAGUUCUUCGAUUCUGGCGGCAAUGCGCUUGGCAAUCGACGAUUUCCACGCAAAGUUCUUCGAAGCUCCAGGACCACCCGUUGUGACGUCCAUGGGUGGGGUGGCGGCGUCGGAAGCUCGACGGAACGACAGCGGGCACGGCCGAGUUACCUGCUUGAGUAGAUUGAUCACGUCCUUGAACGGCAUACGAUGGGUCUCCGUGUCGCCGAUCUUGACGAGGUAGUCGCCGACUUCAACCAAGUGGAUACCAAGCAUAGAACUUUUUCCUGUGAUCUUUGUCACCGCCGGCAAGAACAGUGGAGUCAUCAUGAGACGCAACCCGAGGAGGCCUUCUUCCCAAAUGAGCUUGUACAUGGCACCUGUUGCUUGCUGGAGAGACGCAGUCGAGUGAUCGAUCGACAGGCGGCGCAGUGACGUCGACGAUAAAGUCGCGGCUUCAACGGCUUCGGCGUCGUAAAUGUCUUCAUCGUCGGGGGACAAAACGACAUUGGCAUGAUGUGUGGAAUGAGGGAUGUUCACAGUCGGCGAAUGUACGAUGGAGUCUUCGCCUUCGGUCGUGACAGCAAGUUGCUGGACGGCACUGGUGCUGUCGCCAAACUCAAAGUUCAAAUCGCUCAUUACGGAUUCGAAUGCCCGUGCGUCGAACGAAUCUCGUGCUUCGUCAAAGAAUUCCCCAGACGUUGCUUCGUUUGCACCCUCGACGUCACUGCCCACGAUAUCGCUGUCGCUGUCGUUGAGACUGUCGCAGCCGUCGCUGGAGACGGCAGAUUGUCUGCCUUUCGAUGACAAUACGUCGUCCAGAUCAUCGCCGCCCAAGUCAUCCAGAUCAUCUGGAAUAAGGAUUGUGUUGCGCUCGAUUUCAGUGUCGUCAUACUCGAGGUCGUCACUCAAACGCUCGUCGUCGUCGACGGCAACAUCAACUUGGAAUUCGAGAGAAAAGUUGCCCAAAUCCGACGGCAAUCCUCCUCCAUUCCGCGUGUUUGCGAUGACCGUCUGCAUGGGGGCGAGGAAGACUUGGAUAUCCAUGCCUUCGCUCGCCUCAACGGCCCGACCCUUCUCCGUGCCGUGCGCAGACGAAGCGUACUCCUCGGCACCGGACAUGAGGCAAGAGAGCCUUUUUUUACGAGGUUCUGC